AUGGAGGAUGUUGUCCCACCGCCUAACGGAUGGGAAACGCCACCGACGGUCGACUCUGCCGCAACAACGGGUGUGUACGCUGCUGACCGCAUCCCUGGCACGUACCUUAAGACGUUGACGGGUGUGCAGCGAGGGGAGGAGCUUUUUCACCGGCCAGACUUGGGGCGUCCGUGGCGAACAUCGGCGGCGCAGCGCAGCGCGUCAACCUUGGCGCUGAAGGAAAAGGAGAUUGAGGAGCUUCUGCGCAAGUGCUCUAGCCUGCGAACGCAGCUCGGUAACGCGAAACACGAUGCAAAGUACCUGGAGUUUGCCGCCGAUGAGAGGGUGAAAGGAAAGGUGGCUGAGAUGCAAAAGGAGGUGGACCGGCUUGAGACGGCGCUAAAGAUGGUGAAGGAGGAAAAGGAGGAGUUAAAGACCUCCACGGACCAUCAGCUGCGCCUGUUGAAGUCUCAGCACGAGAAGGAGCUCAUGCAUCUGCAGAGUGAGAAGCGUCUACUGAGUGAUCGCUGCGACGAGCUCAGCCGGGCUUACCAGCAGCAAGUAGACGAUGUUAAGAAGGCUGCGGCACGAGAGCUGGAAUACGUGGAGAGUCUAUGUAAAACUCGGGUGGAGCAGCUCAAAAAUGAGCUUCAGGCUCUCCAAAUUCAAGGCCUGGCGGCUGAAGAACGCCGCGCGGAGGAUGUGGCACGAGUCAACAAUCUCACGAACCGUAUUGAAGCAGACUACAAGGAGCGCCUUCGCGAAGCUGAGAAGCGCGUCGACGAGGUGCGUGAUAGACUGGAGGCGGCAAACAAGCGACUAACCGAGGAGCGCUGCGCUGCAGUGAAGGAGGCAAGUCGCGCCACGGAACAGUUGGUUGUUGCUUUGGCAGACCGCGAGGCGGUGCUGGAGCGACUGAAACAGUGGAACACCUACAUCCUUCGCCUACUUGAUCAGUUUUACAUAACGUUUAUAGAGUCUAGACCGGAGCAGGCUGUGGAACCGCAUGAUCCAGAGCUGCAUGAAUCUCCUACUUUGUAUGCCCCGCGAUCUCUCAUGGAGGAUCCGAAUGCCAAGGUAACGGUGGAACGCAUUGUGUACCGCCUGCUGCAGCUAAAGCUUAUGCAUCCAGUGGAGAGAGAGGAUCGGGCUUCCAUGGGGGGGACACCCAUAGAAGCAUUAGAGGAGUUGGCUAACAAACAGAAGCGUCUGUCGCGGGCAUUCCAAGAGAUUGAAGCAAAGUGUACAGAGACUGAACAAUCACUCAGUGGCGUCAUCUCCCGCUUGAAUUUUUUUAGCGAUGAUCUAAAUGAUGCAGUGACCAAUUCGGGGCAAGUCGCUCCCCCGCAAAAGUGUGCUAUCUUUGUAUGCCUUUGCGUCUUUAGGGGACGACAACUGUGGGCAGAAGACGCUGAACUGGCUCGGGCUGCGGUCUCUCUUAUGAAUUCCGUGUUACGUCCUAAAAUGACCCAGUAUGGAGCCUAUGAGUGUUACAGUGAUGGAGCAUCUAUGUUGCUGGCCUUUCCGGAUCCUGUCGCCGCCUGUCGUUUUUGUGUUGAGUCACAAUGGUGGUUAAUGAGUUUGCCGUGGCCGCAGUCGCUACUGCGAAGUGCAUGGGGCAAGGAGGAAUUUGACGAGGCGAAUAACGUGAUCUACCGUGGAUUGCGUUUGUCUAUGGCCAUUCACACUGGCGAAGUGUUUGUGGAACCAACUGCGAUACCGUGUGGAAGUUCAUACCGCUGUCACUACUAUGGUCGUGCGGUUUUGCAGGUCAUUCAUGUUUGUUCCCUUGCACAAGGAGGUCAAGUAAUUGUGACAGGGCCUGUUUGGGACAUGUGUAGUCCAGCCUUACACGAAUUGGGUCCUGUUGGGGUUCGGGAGCUCGGGACCACUCCCAUAGUUUUCUUCAACAAGGAGACGAACUCGUAUGAGGAGGAGAAAUUUACGCUUCGCCAGAUUAUUCCGCAGCAGCUGCUGGGUCGUCCCUUCCAAAGCCUUGUGGGGGAGGAGGCGUUGGAUCUCACAACAUUUGGAAAAAUGCGACGCUCGCUGCUUUCUGAUGAAAUUGAGUGUGUGGAGGCACGACGGGCUUCGCUCAAGGAAGCGGUUGGUGUGGCAAAUGAAGAACUGGCAGCGGUGGACCGUGCCAUACAUGCUUUGCUGCAUCGUACACGAGAAACGAAAUUGUAUUUUCAUUUGUUUCCACCCACUGAAAUGGUGGCGUUGAUGAACAACUUGUACGGUGUGAUGGAAAAGGUUGCCUCCCGCGCUGCCGACCUUCGUGGGGAUCUCCGUGGCAUGGACCAGAUGCAGGAGGAAUUGGUGGCCCAGACUCGUGGCUUGAAGGACUACUGCUUUCAUCAUGCCUCCACAGCCGCUCGAGUGGAGGAGCUGCAGACGCAUUCGGAGCUCAUGCAGAGUUAUUAUAACAACCAACUAGCUGAGAUGCGUAGGAGUCACGCAGAGAAGACGGACCAGCUUCAGAGCGAGUUGCGGGAACGUGAUCAGCUAAUCCAGUGUCUCUACGCGAAACUGCAGUCUAUUCCGCAUAACUCUUCAUGA